AUCCUUCUCUCCAUCUUUAUUAUCAUUCUAGUUUAUAUUUCAACAUGGUAUCAAAGCCUUCCAUUUCAUGUAGCUUUUCCUUUGAGAUUUCAGUUUAGUUUGUCAUUAUCUCUAUCUCAAUUUAGUUUUCAAACUGUGUUCUUUAUUCAAGAAAUUGAUUUCAGUCCACAGUCUUCAAGAACCUCUGAUCUCAGACUUUUCCCAGAACCUUUUUCCAUAACUUCUUCCCAGAACAUCUUUCCAGAACCUCCCAUCUCAGAAGCCGGCAAGCCUUUUCACACUCUGGUUCACCCCCCUCAUCCUCCGGUUCGGCUGCCGCCGUCGACCAACCACCCGGAGUCCGCACGCCCAAAUCACCUUGCGUGAGUUACACGCGCCAUCGGAAGCUCCCGCAGCCAACACACGCGCCGGCGCGUGACGCCGUGUUUCUGGCCGGAGAUUCUAACGGCGAGCAUAGUCAGAUUCGCCGGAGGGUCCUGUAGCAAUAUCCAGGUAUAGAUAGAAGGAGGGUUGGGUCUUGGCUGGCAUCGGAAAUCUGCGUUAUCUUGCGGACAUACGCACUGUUUUCGUCUGGUUGUUAUUCAGUGGGGAUUUGCAUAGGAAUUCUGUCUGGAGUAGCAGUCAACGGCCCAAGCAAAUUGGAUAUUCUAUUCUCCAAAGUUUAGUCCACAAAUGGGAAAGGCUUAUGCGAGUAUGCUAAAUUUAUUUGCUACCAAGAAUCUCUAAAGCAUUCCUCUAUCCCUAUCUCGGUAGUCGCAAAUUCAGGUAUUUCAAACACAUGUCUUGUUUCAUCAUCCUCGAAAUGGGUCAUUGACUCGGGUGCCACAGAUCAUAUGACUGGUAAUCCUAGUCUAUUCUCAUCAUUUCACUCGCAUUUACCUACUUCCAGUGUCACUUUAGCUGACGGGUCUACCUCACCCGUUCUUGGAUCCGGUACUGUUGUACCAACUUCUACAUUACCAUUAUCGUCUGUUUUGAGUCUUCCUAAUUUUUCGUUUAAUCUGCUUUCUAUCAGUAAAAUCACACGUACUCUUAAUUGUUCUGUAACAUUUUUUCCGGGAUAUUGUGUGUUUCAGGAUCUGUUAACGAAGCAGACUAUUGGUAAAGGACAUGAGUCGGCUGGUCUUUAUAUUUUGGAUACAUCAAUCACAAAAGGUAUCUCUUGUCUUGGGGUUGGAAAUCUAUUAGAAGCUCAUUACCGAUUAGGACAUCCAUCUCUCCCACUAAUGAAGCAAAUACAUCCUCAGUUUAAUAAGGUGUCAUCUAUACAAUGUGAGUCGUGUGAGUUUGCAAAACAUCAUCGCACUAGUUUAAGUCCCCGACUUAAUAAACGAGCAAAUGCUCCGUUUGAUCUUGUCCAUACCGAUGUUUGGGGGGCAUGUCCAGUCGUGUCCAAAUCUGGUUUCAAAUAUUUUGUUACUUUUGUUGACGAUUAUUCUCGUAUGACAUGGUUGUACUUCAUGAAGCGUCGGUCCGAGUUAUUUACUCAUUUCUCUGCAUUUUGUGCUGAAAUUAAAACUCAAUUUAAUGUUCCUGUUCGUGUGUUAAGGGGAGACAAUGCCCAAGAAUAUCUAUCUGCUCCAUUUAAAUCUUUUAUGCUUCAACAUGGCAUUAUUCAUCAAACUUCAUGCGUAGACACACCUCCUCAAAAUGGAGUUGCUGAAAGAAAGAAUCGACAUCUGUUAGAAACUGCAAGGGCUUUUCUAUUCCAAAUGAAUGUGCCUAAACAGUUUUGGGCUGAUGCGGUGUCUACUUCAUGUUUUUUGAUCAAUCGUAUGCCAUCUUCUGUUUUGGAUGGUAAAGCUCCUUAUCAAUGCCUUUUUCCAAAUAAAGAACUUUUUCCCAUUCCACCUAAAAUAUUUGGUUGCACUUGUUUUGUUAGAGAUGUUAACCCUCAUCGCACGAAGUUGGAUCCCAAAUCAUUGAAAUGUAUUUUCUUAGGUUAUUCUCGAGUUCAAAAGGGGUAUAGAUGUUUUUGUCCAAGUACAGGUCGAUACCUUAUUUCUAUUGAUGUCUCAUUUCAUGAAAAUACACCUUUGUCAUCAUCCAAGACAGAUAUUCAUGAGGACAAUGAUGACAUACUCAUUUACACAAUUACUAUACCUGAGGCCACACCUUCAGUAACUAUACCGAAUGUUACUGUUCCUGACCCUAGACCUCCAGUACACUUGGUUUACACCCGUCGACACAAAGCACCAGAUCACUCUCCACCUGUGACACCUGUGAUUACUUAUCCUGAUACUGAUCUGACUUCGAUCUCAUGUCCUGAACCAGUACCUGCAUCUUCAGAUCUUGUCUCUACAUCAGAUCUUGACCUCCCGAUAGCACUACGUAAAGGUACACGGGCUUGUACUCAUCCUAUUUCUUCAUUUGUGUCAUAUAGUCGGCUAUCCUCUGCCUCGUGUUCUUUUAUUGCUUCCAUUGAUUCUAUUUCUGUUCCCAAAUCUGUCAAAGAAGCUUUGUCUCAUCCUGAAUGGCGUCAUGCCAUGGUAGAGGAAAUGAAUGCUUUGGAUCUUAAUGGUACUUGGGAUUUGGUAGACUUGCCUACAGGGAAGAAGUCUAUUGGAUGUAAGUGGGUCUUUGCUGUUAAGGUUAACCCAGAUGGUUCUGUAGCUCGAUUGAAAGCUCGAUUAGUUGCGAAGGGUUAUGCUCAAACCUAUGGUGUUGACUAUUCUGACACUUUUUCUCCUGUUGCUAAAUUAACAUCUGUCAGGUUACUUAUUUCACUCGCCGCAACUCAUGAUUGGCAGUUACAUCAGUUGGACAUUAAAAAUGCAUUCUUGCAUGGUGACCUUCAAGAGGAAGUUUAUAUUGAGCAACCUCCGGGAUUUGUUGCUCAGGGGGAGUAUGGGAAAGUUUGUCGACUUCGCAAAUCUCUUUAUGGUUUGAAACAGAGUCCUCGUGCAUGGUUUGGAAAAUUCAGUCAAUCUAUUGAACAGUUUGGAAUGAUAAAAGGUCAAUCAGAUCACUCUGUCUUUUACAAAAGAACGGAAGCAGGUAUCACAUUGCUUGUGGUGUAUGUCGAUGAUAUUGUGAUUACAGGAAGUGAUACUGCAGGUAUUUUGGCCCUUAAGAAUUUUCUUCAUAGCCAAUUCCAAACAAAAGACCUAGGCUCGUUGAAAUACUUUCUGGGUAUUGAGGUAACACGGAGUAAGAAAGGUAUAUUUCUAUCUCAGCGUAAAUAUGUACUUGAUUUACUAGCUGAAACAGGAAAAAUGGGAGCAAAGCCAAGCACGACUCCCAUGGUUCCCAAUGUGCAACUCACCCGAGAAGGCAUACCAUUCGAAGACCCAGAAAGGUACAGAAGAUUGGUUGGAAAGCUUAAUUAUCUUGCAGUCACCCGUCCAGACAUUGCUUACUCUGUGAGCGUUGUGAGUCAAUAUAUGUCAUCUCCGACCAUUGAUCAUUGGGCUGCUGUAGAACAUAUAUUAUGUUACUUGAAAGGAGCACCAGGACGCGGGAUUGUCUAUCAAAAUCAUGAUCACUUGAGAAUAGAAUGUUUUGCAGAUGCUGACUGGGCCGGAUCUAAAGAUGAUCGAAGAUCUACCUCGGGCUAUUGUGUCUUUGUUGGAGGGAACCUAGUAUCCUGGAAGAGUAAGAAACAGAGUGUGGUUUCUCGUUCGAGUGCUGAAUCAGAAUAUCGAGCUAUGGCGCAAUCUGCUUGUGAGAUCAUGUGGAUAGGCCAUUUAUUAAGUGAAAUCGGAUUGAAGACACCAAUGCCUGCUAAAUUGUGGUGUGAUAAUCAAGCUGCCAUACACAUUGCCAACAACCCAGUAUUUCAUGAGAGAACAAAUCAUAUUGAGGUUGAUUGUCAUUUUAUUCGAGAGAAGAUACAGAAAGGAUUGAUCUCUACGGGAUAUGUGAAGACUGGAGAACAACUUGGAGAUUUGUUCACUAAAGCACUAAAUGGGAUCCGAGUUGGUUACUUAUGUAACAAGUUGGGCAUGAUAAAUAUCUAUGCUCCAACUUGAGGGGGAGUGUGAAAGAUAUAGAAUAUACUUUAGAAUAUUAGAAUAUACUUCAGAAUAUUCUAGGAAUAUACUUUAGGAUAUAUUAUUGUAUAGAAUCUUAUAUAGGAAUAUUCUAUUUGUAAUGUAUAUUUAUAGGGACUUUCACAACUAAUGAAAUACACAGAAAAUCCUUCUCUCCAUCUUUAUUAUCAUUCUAGUUUAUAUUUCAACAAUAAUUGUGAUAUUAUAGGUGUAUUAUUUUUUAUAUUUGAUGAUUA